UUUGCAGCUGCGCUAGGCGGCAUGCAGGCUGGCAUAACGCUCGGUUGGACAUCGCCGAUUCUGCCGUAUCUCACAUCGCCGGAAUCUUUCCUUCCGAAACUGUUUGAAAAUCAGAUCUCGUGGAUAACAUCUCUGUUGGCCCUGGGUGCCAUCGUCGGCGCCGUGCCGGCCGGCAAAAUCGCCGAUCGAAUCGGUCGGAAAUGGGCCAUCCUUUUAACAGCUGUGCCAUUCACCGUGUGCUGGCUUACCUUGCUCACGACCGGAAACAUCGUCAGUAUAUACGUCGCCCGAUUCAUCGGCGGAAUCGGUGCCGGAGCGGCCUGUGUCCUCGUGCCGGUCUACGCCGGCGAAAUUGCCCAGACGUCGAUCCGCGGCGCCCUGGGCGCCUUCUUUCCCCUGCUCUUUUCCUCGGGGAUUAUGUUCUCGUAUGUGGCGGGCGCCUACUGCUCUUACGUAGUCUUCAACAUCGCCUGCUGCGCCAUCCUGGUGCCCUUCGUCCUAGGCGUACCCUUUAUGCCGGAGUCGCCGAUCUGGUUGGUGCAGAGAGACCGUAAGAUUCAAGCCGCCAAAGUGCUAACAAUCUUACGCGGUCCACAUUACGACAUCGCGGGCGAAAUAACUGCUCUCCAGGACGAUGUCGACAGGAUGGUGAACGCGUCGGGCGGCCUCAAGGAUCUCGUCGGGACCAAAGCCGGACGUAAAGCCGCUGUCACUUGCGUGGGGCUUAUGUUCUUCCAACAGUUGUGCGGCGUAGACGCGGUUCUAUUCUACACGGUUAACAUUUUCCAAGCGGCGAACAGCACGAUCGACCCCUUCCUAUCGACCAUCGUUAUUGGGCUCACCGAAGUUGUGAUGACGAUAUUCGUCGCUACCGUAAUCGACAG